AUGUCUUCCUCCGGAUCCAAGGUUACCAACGACCCUCAAGGUAUUAACAACCCCAAGAUUGAAAAGGCCGGCACAAUCACAUCAGACUCUCUGGCUGGAGAAUCGCUCAAAUCAGGCGGUUCGUUCGGCGCCGGUAGCCACGCAGCCGCCUCAUCGCAGCCCUCCAGCUCCACCACCACAAACAACACCGACACCUCUGGCGCAACCACACUCCAAGCCGCUCCCGAUGCCGAGGCCCGCCAGGCAUUGGAAGGCUGGAACGAGGAAGCCCAGUUGAACGCCGCACGUGGAUUGAGCAGCAGUGGUGGCAGCAACAGCAACAGCAACAGCCAAGCAGCCGCACCACAGUCUUCCUAUCUCGCCAGUGGACCCGCUAACACUUCGGGUACCGCAGGCCAAGCCCCUCACGGCAAGAACAUCACCGAGGGUGGCUUCGACAGCAAUGCUCCCAACGCCUCUUUCAACACUGAUAUCGGUGGCAAGAAUGACCCAGGUCGUGCUGCUUUGAACGACAUGCAGCGUAAUGCCCAGCAAUCUGCUGGUGAUGCUGCUGGCCCCAAGCAGACUGAGCUCACCAACGAUGGCCAGUUUGACUCGCUCAAGGACACUUCUGCUUAA